ACCGAUGCCAGCCAAGUUCCCGAAUGGAAAACAGGUUCAAUUCAUUAAAAACGGCUUACGCCGUCAUUGCCAACAAGUGACAUUGACUCCUGCAGCUUCUCCACUCAAAAUCGCCAUGUUAUCGUCCAUAUUCCCCAUCUCUGUAAGCGACAAAGAAGCUGAGUCUGCACCGUCAACAGCGCGCCCUGGCGCCGUUUUUCCCGAAAACGCCGAACAGCAAAGCACGUCCCUGCUGUCGGUGUUGGACGACAAAAACCUGCUGAUUGCCGCCCUUCGAAAGCAGCUGCAGAACCAGAAAACCCAGCUCAGCUACUACAUCAAGCGCGAGCUGAAUGGCAAUCGAAUCCAGCAGCUGUCGCUAUCAUGCACCCCCCUCGCCUACGAGUACAGCCUGCCCCUCACUCUGGCCAUGAAUCAGUUCUGCAAACAGGCCGGCAUCAAGUCCAACCUGGCAAAGCUGCACGAGCGCUUGAAGCGCCUGGACAGCGACUUGUCGAACGCGCUCAAGGAUCAGGAGUUUGUGCUCAGAAAAAUCGUCAAUAAACUGUGCGAAUUCCUGCGGUUCCAGGAGAUCUGCAAUGGCGACCAGUUUGGGGGCUUCAUCAGCAGCCCCCUACACGUGGAUCUCUUUGACCAGCUCCUAACGGCCACCGUGGGGCUCAGGAGGCGCCUGGAGGCCUUCAGAAUAUGCUGCGACCGCCUCAUUCUAGUGGAAGAGGAGCGAAGCGCCAUUGUGGACCAAGUCUAUUCGCUGCCAGCGGGGGAGCGCACCACUCGCAACGCGCUGCUGGAUAUCCAGAUGGAGAAAGCGCGACUGGAAAGCGAACUUUUGCACCCCAGAGGCCCACAAGACCUGAACGCCAUCGAGGAUCUGUUGCAGCAGCUGCAAGUCCAGCUGAAUUGCAGCUUUGGGGGUGUGGACAGCAAAGAGAGCAGCGUCAGCAGGAUGCUGACCCAGAUGAACUCCGAAGCCAAACUCCUGCUGGAGGCCACCAAGCAGCAGAGGGAGAAACAGCGCAACGCGCCCUCCAAGGCGAAAAGCCCCGAACCGAACCGCGUUCUCCUCUUCAUCAAACUGGCGGGCGACGACAACGUGAAGCGAACAGACCUGGAGAGCUGGGGGAUCAAAUCCAGCGAGGAACUCACAUUCUUUGCGCUGGUGCGGGACGAAGUCCAGCUCGUCACGGCCAAAGAGCGACAGGAAUCAAACAAAUCCCGCCAAGAAGCAGACCUUUUCAAGAAGAAGCUCAACCAGGCGCAGCUGGAAAACGCACGCGAGCUGGACAAGCUUAGAGCCGACCAUGACAACCAGGCGCAAGCGCUGCGGCAACAACGGGACCUUUACAAGGCUCAAGUGGAGGAUCUGCAGGCCAUUAGGGCGGCCUACGCGCAGCUGGUGGAGAAACCCCAGCCGAAACAGGCAGCGCCACUUGAUGCGGCAGAAUGGAAAAGUCUGCUGCUGCAGCAAAUGGGGCAAGUGGAGGCGCUGAAGGCCAAACUGGCCGACCAGCGCGAUCAGAUCCAGGUUCUGAGUCGCUUCAUCAACCUGACCAGGCCCAACUCACCCACCCUGGACAAAUUCCCGAUCAAGAAACCCAGGGGAAAACGCCCACUGGGCUUUCCGGUUAAUGCGAAAACCGGAGCUCAAGCUCUGAAGCUCAAGAAGCCCACCAGUAGUAUCAGGACCAGGACACUGGGGAGUCGAGGGGGCGGCUCAUUCCAGCUGGUGGCGCAGCGAAGCUAUGCCUGGCAGACAAAGGGCGAAGACAGCCAGGGCAACCUCACACUGGAAAAAUCCUCAAUGUUCAGCGUGGAGUUUCAGUUGAAGAACCAAGCAGCCAUUGACAAGAAAAAUGACCCCAAGCAGUCGCUGGAGGAGUUGUUAGCAGCCCGCUGUUCAGCCGAUGUGGACUGAAAAUGUCAACAAUAUCUCAAAUAUAAAAUGGGAAACUA